CCGCGCCGCGGCGGUGAAGGCGGCGGCGGCGGCGGCGGCGGAGGAGGAGCAGCGGCGAGCCGAGGCGGCGGCGGCGGCCCGAGCGGGAGCCUGAGCGGCGGCGGCGGCGGCCGCGGGAGCCGCGGGGAGCGCGGGGGCGGCCCGGAGCGCCCGGGGUCCCCCGCGCCCCGCUUGGUCGCCGCGCUCCGAAGAUGGUGGCGGCGCCGUGCGCUCGGAGGCUGGCCCGGCGCUCGCACUCGGCGCUGCUCGCGGCGCUCACCGUGCUGCUGCUGCAGACGCUGGUCGUGUGGAAUUUCAGCAGCCUCGACUCCGGGGCCGGGGAACGCCGCGGGGGCGCAGCGGUCGGCGGCGCGGAGCAGCCGCCCCCGGCCCCGCGCCGCGAGCGCCGGGACCUGCCCGCCGAGCCGGCUGCAGCCCGAGGAGGAGGCGGCGGAGGCGGAGGAGGACGGGGGCCGCCGUCGCGGGCGCGGGGAGGCGGCCCCGAAGCACCCCGCGCGCAGCAGCCGGCCAGCCGAGGGGCACUGGCCGCGCGGGCGCUGGCCGCACAACCAAGCCCUGUGAUCACCCUGGAGGCCCAGGAUGGCUACUUCUCUCACCGGCCAAAAGAGAAAGUGCGAACAGACAGCAACAAUGAGAACUCUGUGCCCAAGGAUUUUGAGAACGUGGACAACAGCAACUUCGCACCCAGGACUCAAAAGCAAAAGCACCAGCCCGAGUUGACGAAGAAGCCCCCGAGAGGACAGAAGGAGCUUCUGAAGAGGAAGCUGGAGCAGGAGGGGAAGGGGAAGGGGCGUCUGUCCCCCGGGAAAGGUACCAACGAGGCGCUGCCUCCCGGUGAGAGAGCCCCGGUAAACGGCAGCCGAGGGAAGGAUGUCCCCAGACAGCCCCACGCCCGGAAGACUGUGGGCAGCUCCCCCGAGAUCAAGCCCGACCGGCCCCUCAAAUGUGACAUCUCGGGUAAGGAGGCCAUCUCCGCCCUGUCCCGCUCCAAGUCCAAGCACUGCCGCCAGGAGAUCGGGGAGACCUACUGCCGCCACAAGCAUGGGCUGCUGAUGCCCGAGAAGGUCACUCGGUUCUGCCCCCUCGAAGGCAAAGCCAACAAGAACGUUCAGUGGGAUGAAGAUUCGGUGGAGUAUAUGCUGGCCAACCGGGUCAGAAUCGCCUUUGUCCUGGUGGUGCACGGCCGCGCCUCUCGGCAGCUGCAGCGCAUGUUCAAGGCCAUCUACCACAAAGACCACUUCUACUACAUCCACGUGGACAAGCGCUCUAAUUACCUGCAUCGCCAAGUGCUCCAGUUCGCCAGGCAGUACAGCAACGUCCGCGUCACCCCCUGGAGGAUGGCCACCAUCUGGGGCGGAGCCAGCCUGCUGUCCACGUACCUGCAGAGCAUGCGGGACCUCCUGGAGAUGACCGACUGGCCCUGGGACUUCUUCAUCAACCUCAGCGCGGCUGACUACCCCAUCAGGACAAAUGACCAGCUGGUGGCAUUUCUCUCCCGAUACCGAGAUAUGAAUUUCUUGAAGUCACACGGCCGGGACAAUGCAAGGUUCAUCCGGAAACAGGGCCUGGACCGGCUCUUUCUGGAGUGUGAUGCCCACAUGUGGCGCCUGGGGGACCGGCGGAUCCCAGAGGGCAUUGCCGUGGAUGGCGGCUCAGAUUGGUUCCUGCUAAACCGGAAGUUUGUUGAGUAUGUGACGUUCUCCACAGACGAUCUGGUGACCAAAAUGAAGCAAUUCUACUCCUACACCCUGCUUCCUGCAGAGUCCUUCUUCCACACGGUCCUGGAGAACAGUCCCCACUGCGACACCAUGGUAGACAACAACCUGCGCAUCACCAACUGGAACCGCAAGCUGGGCUGCAAGUGCCAGUACAAGCACAUCGUGGACUGGUGCGGCUGCUCCCCGAACGACUUCAAGCCGCAGGACUUCCACCGCUUCCAGCAGACAGCCCGGCCCACCUUCUUUGCCCGCAAGUUCGAAGCCGUGGUGAAUCAGGAAAUCAUUGGGCAGCUGGACUAUUACCUGUAUGGGAACUACCCCGCGGGCACCCCGGGCCUCCGCUCUUACUGGGAGAAUGUCUACGAUGAGCCUGACGGCAUCCACAGCCUGAGCGACGUGACGCUGACCUUGUAUCAUUCCUUCUCCCGCCUGGGCCUCCGCCGGGCGGAGCUGUUGCUGCACGACGCCGGGGAGAACAGCUGCAGGUACUAUCCAAUGGGCCACCCAGCCUCUGUCCACCUCUACUUCCUUGCUGACCGUUUCCAGGGCUUUCUGAUCAAGCAUCAUGCUACCAAUCUGGCCGUGAGCAAACUCGAGACCCUGGAGACAUGGGUGAUGCCAAAGAAAGUCUUCAAGAUCGCCAGCCCACCCAGCGACUUUGGGAGGCUUCAGUUUUCUGAGGUCGGCACUGACUGGGAUGCCAAGGAGCGGCUCUUUCGCAACUUUGGGGGUCUCCUGGGGCCCAUGGACGAGCCAGUCGGCAUGCAGAAAUGGGGGAAGGGCCCCAACGUGACUGUGACUGUCGUCUGGGUGGAUCCCGUCAACAUCAUCGCAGCCACCUACGACAUCCUGAUUGAGUCCACUGCCGAAUUCACCCACUACAAGCCCCCUUUGAACUUGCCCCUGAGGCCUGGGGUCUGGACAGUGAAAAUUCUCCACCACUGGGUGCCAGUCGCAGAAACCAAAUUCCUCGUCGCGCCUCUGACCUUCUCAAACAGGCAGCCCAUCAAACCGGAGGAGGCAUUGAGGCUGCACAACGGGCCCCCCCGCAGCGCCUACAUGGAGCAGAGCUUCCAGAGCCUGAACCCCGUCCUCAGCCUGCCCAUCAGCCCCGCCCAGGUGGAGGAGGCUCGGAGGAACGCCGCGUCCGCCGGCGCCGCCCUGGAGCGCUGGCUGGACUCGCUGGUGGGUGGGAUGUGGACCGCCAUGGACAUCUGUGCCACAGGCCCCACUGUCUGCCCCGUCAUGCAGACCUGCAGCCAGACGGCCUGGAGCUCCUUCAGCCCUGACCCCAAGUCAGAGCUGGGCGCCGUCAAACCCGACGGCCGGCUCAGGUAG